CCCCGCCCACUUCCUGGUUCCAAAGGGCAGCGCACCGCCCGGCCGUGGCAGGAGUGCGAAGCUUCUGAUUGACAGCGCGCACGCGGUUCCAGGAAGCGGGCUCUCCCAACUGCUAAACUGGCGGUUCCUUCAGUUGGAAGAAUGGCCCGUGUCUUUGUCUAUGGCACCCUGAAGAAAGGCCAGCCAAACUACCCACACAUGAUAAACGGUGCCCAUGGGACCUCCUUGUUCCAGGGAAGGGGGCUCACAGUGGAGAAGUACCCCCUGGUGAUUGCUGGGAAGUAUAACAUUCCUUUUUUACUGAACAAGCCAGGAAUAGGGCAUCGGGUCUCAGGAGACAUCUAUUCUGUUGAUGACCAGAUGUUGCAAUUCCUGGAUGAGUUUGAAAGUUGCCCAGAUAUGUAUCAACGUGCUCCAAUGAAAAUUGAGGUGGUUGAAUGGGAAGACAAAAGCAGUGCACCUGAAGUGAGACCAGGUGUGAACAGCAUCCUGGAAUGCGAUGUGUAUAGCGCUAGUACUUACCAGCCAGAGUGGAUACAUCUCCCUUACUACGACAACUAUGACUCCUUUGGGAAACACAAACUUGAAUAUGUGCUUCGGGAGAGCAGAAAUUAAAAAUAGAAGAUGAAGCUGUCCUUCAAAAGAUAAUAUGAAGAUAUGGAGGAGUUGAAUCAAAUUGCCAAUACUUUCUCCUGGAAUACUAAUCUUUUUACAGAUGUUUUCAAUUGUUGGCAGGUUGAAAUAGUCAAGUUUGCAAACACUAACUUGCUUAGGCAUGCAAGCUAAGGUGCUUUCUGUUCUCUUGCUGUAAUUUUCCAUUUCUUUUUGUUUUUACACAAGGGAAAGAGGAAAUAUUGCCUAUUUUUAAACCAGGGUAUUUGUGCGGAGGAGGGCGGGCAUUCUAACUCAUUGUAAACUUUUUUAUUGCACAACAUUUCCAUGAGCCAGAAAAUGACUCUGGGAAGAAAUCUGCUGAUCAAACAUAGACAAAUGUUAUUUUAAGAAGCUAAUCAGGGAAGAAUUAUUGCACCUUGUAGGUAAAACUUGAUCAUAACUUGCUAUCCUUGCAUGUACAGGACAUCCUAAAUUUCUUAGCUGUUCUACUGAAGAAAUCAUGUUUUCUAUUUUGCAGUAUUUUCUAUUUCUUUGUUAGUUUGUUUUUGGUGUUACUAAGUGAUAAUUUUUUUAUUUUUUUAUUUCAGUUACUUCUACCCUGCCCUUCGCACCCCCAAAGGGGGGGGGGGGCUCAGGGCGGCUUACAAAGGAAGGCACAAUUCGAUGCCUAUGUCAAAAAUACAUACAUACAUAAAAGCAAUUAAACAGUUAACAGAUUAAAAACAUCAAUACAUAACACAAUAGUUGGAAUCCUUUAUGAUUUUAACACAACUCUGCACAUAUUUAGUAAGCACCAGAAGUGCUUAGAAACCCAGUUACUGAAUUCAGAAGACAUAUACUGAAAUGCCAGCAAGAGUGACCGACUGGGAUGGAUGCCAUGUACAUCAAAACCAAUGUGAUGGGUAUCAGGACUAAUGUGUAUUGGCCAUCAAAGUGCAUUACGAACUUUGCUGGCUCUUCUACAUAGUAACAUUGCAGCAGUCUUCUACUGGAUAUAAACAUUGUGCAUUUGCACAGUCAUACUUCCCACAGGCCUAAGUUUAGUUAUAAAGACUUACUGCCCCAACAAGAUUCCUGUCAUCGUUUUAACGGGAUAACACCCAUUGUAGAUUGGUUGUGAUGCAAACUUUGAUAGUUUUGUAGUUUAUACAUGAUGACUGGUAACUGUUACAAUAUCUCUUUUUAAAAAAUCGUGUACUUUGGUAUUACUUAACUUUGUAUCAGCUCACUUUCUUUUAGUGACAUGGGCAUAUCUAACUUUGAUAGCCACGGUAGAUACCACAUCCCUCAGUUAUGAUUCCCUCCCUGAGCCACCUUCCUGUUUUCUAAUUGGGUGUCCUUCCUUAUGGUUAUUCAUUGACCAGGGAAAUACUGAGGAUGAGUCAAGCAGCCAUUCUGCUCUAUUGAAUCUGAAGCUGCCCAUCUGAGGAUCCUCUCCCUAAUGGGGUGUCACCAGAGGUCCAAGAGGAGGACAUCAUCUUCCCACAACUGGCUGGCUGUCUCACUCUCCCCCAUUCUCCCUCCCCACUCCCUCAUAUCCUUCCAUAGCCAUUGAAUGGUUGUAGAAUUGAUGAAUUUAUACUUAAAAGCUAGGUACAUAGUAGCUAAAAGGUCUGCUGUAAUUUUUGAUAAUGACCAGUUAUCACCAAAUUAGGAAAACUGGUUGUAUGAGAUCUGACCACACAGUUGGGUGUGCAGAGUUCACCCAACUUUUAAAACAAAUGACGAGAAGGCGCAGUUAAACUAAUGACGACAAAAACACGUAGAUUGAGUAUGCAGGAUAUGGGAUUUCAUAACUAUGUCUGCUGUAACUGUAUGCUUUACUAUAGCUAAACACUUUUGUGCAUGUUAUUACUGGAAUUAACAUUAGACUCAGGGGUUUGAUUAGAUGUUGGCACGCUAUCAUAGAUUCAUGGUGUGCUAUGUCUCAACAAAUAUGCUCUUAAUCUGAA